AUGGCGUUUGAAAGGGAAUUACUAGUGGCUACGCAAGCGGUGCGCAAGGCUUCUCUGCUGACCAGGAGGAUUCAGGCUGAUGUAAUUGCCCACAGGGAUAGCACCACUAUUACCAAGAGUGAUAGUUCUCCUGUAACGGUAGGUGAUUUUGCUGCGCAGACUAUAAUUAUCAAUGCGAUCAAGUCUAAUUUCCCAGAUGACAAAAUUGUAGGUGAGGAGUCAUCUGAUGGUCUUUCCGAUGAGUUUGUCUCUGAGAUUCUACAUCAAAUUAAGGAGAACGACAAGAUAUUUGACAAGCAAUACAACGACAGCUCAAUUCAGUUCACCAGCAACGAGCACCCACUGAGCUCCCUAGAUGAUGUCCGUAAAGUCAUUGACUGCGGCAACUACGAAGGUGGUAACAAGGGCCGUUUCUGGUGUUUGGAUCCUAUCGAUGGGACCAAGGGGUUUUUAAGAGGAGACCAAUUUGCCGUGUGUUUAGGACUGAUCAUAGACGGAAUUGUCCAAGUUGGAUGCAUUGGCUGCCCAAAUCUGUCCCUGGAAAAGUAUGGUGGUUCUGAUCUACCGGGUUAUAAGGAGUUUGGCUACUUGUUCAGUGCUAUUAAGACUCAAGGUGCGUUCUAUGCUACCUGUUCUACCAAAGUACCAGACUGGAAACCUAUCAAGGUAAGACAAUUGAAGGACACCAGUGAAAUGAUCUCUUUAGAAGGUGUUGAGAAAUCUCAUUCUUCCCAUGACGAACAAUCUCAAAUAAAGGCCAAGUUGGGCAUAAACAACUCCCUGCACUUGGAUUCCCAAGUCAAAUACUGCCUCUUGGCAUUGGGUCUAGCUGACGUUUACCUACGUUUACCAAUUAAACUGUCUUAUAGAGAGAAAAUCUGGGACCACGCUGCCGGAAAUACUAUAGUAUUGGAAGCUGGUGGAUACCACACUGACUCUAUGGAAAAUUUGCCACUAGAUUUCGGUAAGGGUCGUACUUUGCAGACCAAGGGUGUCAUUGCCUCUAGUGGACCCAAAGAUUUGCACGACUUGAUAGUGAAAACAUCAGCCGAUGUCAUCAACUCCAGAGGAUAA